AUCACUAAGCAAAUAUUAACAAACACGUUUGUCAAAUAAUUCUUUGAAAUGGAGUCUAAAUUUUGAAAUGUAUUAUUUAGAUUAAAAUUAUCUGUAUAACGUAAGAAAAUUUCAGUAAAAUAAUACCCAUGGAAAAUUCUAAAUAAUUAAUCAAAAUUCUAAGUUCUAUUACAACGAAAAUAAGUGCAAAAAUGGCAGAUAAUAAACAUGGCGAAACCGGCCACCAGGGCGAUGACAAGGACAAAAGAGUCAAAAUCCAAAUUGAAGGAGAAGAUGAGGUGGUGGAAGGAGAGAUGGGUCGUAAGAAAAUGAAACGGUUUCAACUGCCCAAUUUGCCAAGAUGGUGGCAAGCCAAGAUUAUUCAAUAUGCCUUCGCGCAUCCACAUGUCCGGGCACGCCUCGAGAAGCAUAUGGGUACAAAUCUGGUGAGACUCACAGACAAAAGCUACAUGACCGACUUGGAAGAAAGAAUCCGUGCUGUCAAUGAGGAGAACCUUAACAAAAGAAUCUCUGCCAGAGUUCUAGAUGAAAUGGAAAGGUUGAAACGUCUCAUCCUCGUCGGAAAAACACCUCUGAAGGAAUGUCCACCUGAACUAUUCCACCAUCCUGUAUUCGUGUUUUGGAGGAUGGUCAACAGAGAAGUCGCCAAGGCAUCCAAGAAACGAGCUGAUGCUUACUAUCGAAAAUUGAAAGCAUCUCAAAAACCAGAUCAGUCUAUGGAUGAAGAAGCUGAAAAUGAAUCCAUAGAAGAAGAAAACGAACAAGUAACACCAGAACAGCUGUUAGCGAAAUGUAACGAGGAAUUAGAGGAACAAAAACGAACAGACAUCGAAAAAGGGGUUCGCUUUACUGACGAACAAUUCGCUCUCCUUAAAUACGAGACGAAUGACGUUAAAAUCCUUAAAAAUCUUACGACAGUUGAAGAAUUGUAUGCUUUAGCUGACAAGAUCAUUGGUACAAAGCGUUUGUAAAAGUAUUUUAUUUUUUUUAAUAAGUGUAAAUGUUUAUUAAUGAAUGAUUCAAACCUAUGUGCAACUCUAUUUAUUAGAUAUAUACUCACUCACGCCUUAAUUACUGGCAUGCAUGAUGAAAAAAUAAAAAUAUUGAAAAGCACAGAAAAUGUAAUGAAAGUAAGCAAGAUUGUAUUUUGUAUUAAUUAAAUGUGUGUCCAAUUUA